AUGUCCUCAGAGCAUCUUAUCCCCUCCGAUGUCGAAAGUCAAUCAGAAGAGCAAAGCAGCUCAUCCGAAGAGUAUGUUGACUUUUAUGGUUAUAAGUUAUUAGUUAAAUCGCAGCGUCAAAAGCUAGAAAAGCAAAAAGCUAAAUACCUUGGCGAAAACAUCUCCUUUUCAAAGUCAUUCGUAUGUGAAGACGCACAAAGAGCCUUUUCCAAGUGGGCCAAUUACUAUGCAUAA